UAAAAAAUUAUUUUUAGCGUCUGUUUUGAUCCGCAAUUUUCAAAGCAAUUAAGAAGGACAGAAUGUCGGCCACAGAUGAAAUGUAUCCGGAUGUAGAAGCAUGGUGCCGUCUUUGCUUAAAGGAACACAAGGAUGCAUACACAAUUUUCGCCGAGGACGAUUCACAGCUUUCGGUACCAAUGCGCUUGAUGGCGUGCGUCUCUCUGGAGGCGAAGCCAACGGAUGGAUUGCCGAAAAAGAUUUGCGGCGAGUGUCGUUACCAGUUGGAAAAAUCAUUUCUAUUUCGGCAACGCAGCCAAGUGGCGGAUAAGAAGCUGCGUAAGCACAAUCGCCUUGUCAGCAUGGGUAAGAAGAGUCGCGUCUUUGCCAAGUCGUCAGACAAUGACUCCGAUGAGGAUGAGCUGGAGUUCGAGGAAUCAAUAGAGUUCAUAAAUCAAUUGGAGAAGAUGCGUGAAAAGAGCUCACAAAAAUGGCGGGAAAAGUAUAAGCAGGAACAAGAGAAGGAGAUGCUAACACGUUUGGAUUUAAUGCGGGAUGAACUACGUGGCGAUAUACGCAAGGAACUCAUGGAAGAGGUGCGCAACGAUGUACGCCAGCAACUGCAUGACGAGGUGCAGGAGGAGAGUCGCAAGGAACAGCUUGCCAAGCUAUUGGGUGAACUUGAAGUCUUCUUGGACGAAAAGAAAGCCGGUCUCUGGGAAUCUCUGGAUGGAGAACCAGCAGAAACCAAGCCAACAAAUAACUCACCUACGGCGUCCACUCCAUCAGAAACGCCGACACUAAUACAAUCAACAAAACCUACAAAUGAACAGCGUUUAACUCGAAAACGUGGUCGCAUCUUGUCGCCUGGAAACCAGGCGAAGCGUCGAGCUAACACAACGGACACUGAAGAUAACGAAUUUGUGCUGGAGAGCACAGCUAAGGUGGAGCCACUUACCACAGAUGACAUGGAGGUGGACACGUCACCGACAGAUACUGCGGAUAGUUUCAAUGACAUGAAAAUAGCCGAGUCCAGCGAUUUGGUGACCACUCAGAAUGGUGAAAUCUAUAUCAUAAAUGCGGGCUCAAAGAUCAACUCAACUCCAACUUCAUCAAUAGAAUACCAACAGGAUAAGAAUAUUACAUCCUAUAAUAUUCGGGACAAUGGAGAGAUUCAGUUUACGGACAACAAAUCCGAGGAUAUGAGCGAUGUGGUGGUCUUUAAUCUUGACCCAGAGGUCAGCGAUGAUCAGCAGCUCUAUGAAUUCAACGAUGUUAUCAUACUGUCCAAUGAAAAAGAAAGCGGCCAAAAUUUGCCCUCAACGAAGAGUCAGAAAAAAGAUUUUGUUGUGAAGCAAUCUCCACGUAACUCACAGCCUACCGUUGGACGUGCCACCGAUACCGUAAAGUCAUUUAAGUGCCAGAUGUGUCCCAUUGCGUUUGGCACGCCCAAAUCUCUAUCGCGUCACCUCAGCACACACAUCAAGACAAUGAAGAAUGGCACCGGCGGAGCACUCAAGUGUCCUGUCUGCCAGCUGCAGUUGUCCUGUGCCAGUUCGCUCAAGCGUCACAUGAUUAUUCACACGGGUCUCAAGCCAUAUAAAUGCGACGAGUGUCAGUUGUCGUUUUCCCAGCGUGAGGUUCUCAAGCGUCACAUGGAUACACACACGGGAGCGAAGCGUCAUCAAUGUCCACACUGCAGCGCCUGUUUUGCCCAAAAGACAAAUCUGCAGCAGCACAUUAACCGCAUGCACACGGAGGGAGAGCAUCAGCAUAAGUGUCAUCUAUGUCAUCGGACUUUCAAUCAUGUCUCGGGUCUUAGCCGUCAUCUGGUUACACAUGCCGGAGUCACCUUUUCGUGCAAGGAAUGCGGACGACAGUUCAACGAUCGCAGUGCAGUGCAGCGUCAUGUCCAGAAUGUGCACAAGAUCAAGGAUGAGGAUACGGAGGGCAAUGAAAAUGAAGCGGAAUUUGAGUAAUUAUCCGAACUACAUCAUUCUUAAGUCACGACAAUGACCAUCAAUUAACUCUGUAUACUCGUUGCUUAUAUAAAACAUUAGAUUGCUUUCAAAAUUAAAACACGCCCACAUCUGCCCCUUCAAAAGGCAACCAAUAAUUUGAACAUUUUUAAAAUCGGAUAAAAGUAUAACGUUAGUUAUAGCUGUAUUACCAGGAGCACAGUAAUUUUCUUAUUUAUGUUAUAUAGUUACAAUUAUAUAUUUUAACUACGAAACGUUUAUCUUAUAGUCGAGGAAUCGACUAUAGCAUUCUAAAUAGUUUUGUAUACAAUUUAAAUAUUUGACAACUUUAUUCGAAAUGGGUUUUAAAGUGCUCACAACUUUUGGCACUAAACAUGAACAUUUGUGGAAGAAACAUGCACACAGACACUUCAACUUAUCGUUAACAUAUAUAAAUUGGAAACAUUUGAAACAGUUAAUUUCUUUAGUAUAAGAUAGCUAGCUAUAGUUAUAGUUAUAAUAAGUAAUAUAUACGUACAGUUUAUAAUAUCGUUUAAUUAUAAUACACAUAACACGAAUGUACAAUAUGUGUUAGGCAAUUACAUGUACAUACGAUUAUAAAUAUUUAAACAUUUUUUAAACAAUAAACAUUGAUAUAAAUACGGAUUAAGAGCCACACUUGCACUAAACUGUAUACCUAAGCUAAUUAAUUAAACGUCAACAAAACAUUAA